AUGGUCCUUCCGCCAUAUGAACCGCCACCCCCUUACGUUCCUCCAAGUCAGAGACUAGAUCAUCCAGACUAUAUUGGUAAUGUGAAAGAUUUUUUACCCAGACGAGUAACCAUGGUGAGGACUCACCUAACAGAACCGUUGGGUUUUAACAUCAGAGGUGGAAAAGAACAUUACUGUGGAAUUUAUGUAUCAAAGGUAAUGCCCGGGAGUGAGGCAGCAAGAUUGGGUGUUAAAGAGGCUGAUCAAAUAUUAAGUGUAAAUGAAACUGAUUUUCAAGAAAUUGAACAUUCUGAGGCAGUGAAGGUAUUAAAAAUGAAUACUACAACUGAAAUGAUACUGAGAUUUUUUCCCUAUGGUUACAGUGAAACCUGUGUUUUUAAUAUAUAA